AAACCACAUAUCCCCUAGUUUCACAAACCAUUUCUCCACUGCUCUCCACUAUCGUGCGCCGUAGCGGCGAUAAACAUCAACGGAUAAGAUGCCAGCCGGCGAGCUCCGACACACAGAGUCGUCCUCCGAAGUCGAGGGCGAGGCGUGGGUGUGGGCCCAGAUCAAAGCCGAGGCGCGCCGCGAUGCCGAGGCUGAACCGGCUCUGGCCAGCUACCUCUACUCUACGAUACUCUCCCACUCGUCGUUGAAGCGAUCCCUGUCGUUUCACUUGGGGAACAAGCUCUGCUCCUCCACUCUCCUCUCCACGCUCCUCUAUGACCUCUUCCUCAACACCUUUUCCUCCGAUCCCUCUCUGCUCGCCGCCGCCGUUGCCGAUCUCCGCGCCGCCCGGGAGCGUGACCCCGCCUGCGUCUCCUUCUCCCACUGCUUGCUCAAUUACAAGGGCUUCUUAGCCUGUCAGGCUCAUCGAGUGGCGCACAAGCUGUGGAUCCAGUCGCGCAGGCCCUUGGCGCUUGCGCUGCAUUCGCGGAUCGCCGACGUGUUCGCGGUGGACAUACACCCGGCGGCGGCGGUCGGAACGGGGGGGCUGUUCGGCCACGCCUCCGCGUUGAUCGGCGCGAGCGCGACGAUUCUAGGGAAUGUGAAGAUAGGGGAUGGGGCGAAGAUCGGGGCCGGAUCGGUGGUGUUGAUUGAUGUGCCGCCGAGGACGACGGCGGUUGGGAAUCCGGCGAGGUUGGUUGGCGGGAAGGAACGGCCGUCGCAGCUUGAGGAUGUGCCUGGCGAGUCCAUGGACCAUACUUCGUUUAUGUCCGAGUGGUCUGACUAUAUUAUAUGAGAAUGAGAGUUGUGAACUUGUGAUAGUUAUGUUAGUUGUUUAUCGUUAUGCUUAUGACGAAGCAUUAUUACAUUCUCAAAACAUUAAAACUUUGAUAUCUUCUUCUUUUUAAAAUGAGAUUAUCUAAACCUUGUUGAGCCUUGGAUUAGAGCAUUGGACAAUCAAAAAGGCAGAGAGCUUAGCUUAGUAAUACUAAACAUUUUAUGGAGGGAAGGUUUAGGGUGAACUUUCCACAAAA